AUGAAGGUGAUUGACGAUUUCGAGAGUCACGAGGCUCGGCCCAGCAGAGAUCUGCGGUCAGAGAUCUGCGGUCAGAGAUCUGCUGGAGCCUGCCUGACGUGCAGGAGGAAAAUCAAGGUCAAGGAGAGGAUGAUGCUGCUCUGUUCACAGAUUCAUUCCAACCUUCACAUGUUGGCAAUGGCCUGCAAUCUAAUGGCAUGUCUACGAUUUCCUCCUCUCACAGCGUCUGGGAACCUAUGGAAGACUCGGAUGUCUACAUUGCUAGUUUAGGUAAAGUCAAUCUAAUAUCAACCUUCUGUCAUGGCUCAUGUGUGUCCCUUCACCCUUAUCUAUGGCCCAGUUGAUGCCAACAAUACUUUCAGUCUCACGGUAAUUGACCAUUAAUUAACAUAAACAUGUUUAAUUUCUCCAGGCUCUACUCAUACAAGCUUCUGAUGCGCGUCUUUGGAACAUCUACAUUUAAAAAAGUAUAAUAAAUCAUUAAAUGCAUUAUUUAUGUUAGUCAGGUCUAAAGAAACAUGAUAUGAUUAUUUAUUUUUUCAGAAGAACAGAAUAUGAGUUGGCCUACUGUAUGUUAUCUGGCUAUGCGCCAUGCCAUAGGCUGUAGGCUUGUUCAUUUAGCAGACAAGAUCUGCUUAUAAGUCCUUGCCAUUAUUUUAUAUUAUAGGAUUUUAUAGUAAGAAGAAUAUAUUUUAACUUAGCUGAAUAAAAUAUAAUCUAUAUUUUUCCCAUUCUGGAGCGAGAGUGCGCGCAAAUGAAGUGGCUAUGUUGAGCGUAAAAGUGAUCAUUUGAAACAGGUCUUAGAGUUAUUUGGCUCCAUGUUUUCCACUCAGUUUUUUUUUAUUUUAGUUUUUUUUGUAAUUUAGCAGCUCUUAUCCAGAGCGAUUUACAGUUAGUAAGUGCAUACAUUAUUAUACUUUUUUUUAUACUGGGCCCCCGUGGGAAUCGAACCCACAACCCUGGCGUUGCAAACGCCAUGCUCUACCAACUGAGCUACAUCCCUGCCGGCCAUUCCCUCCCCUACCCUGGACGACGCUGGGCCAAUUGUGCGCCGCCCCAUGGGUCUCCCGGUCGCGGCCGGCUACGACAGAGCCUGGAUUUGAACCAUGAUCUCUAGUGGCACAGCUAGCACUGCGAUGCAGUGCCUUAGACCACUGCGCCACUCGGGAGAGCAGUUUCAACCUAUUGUUGAACUUCUUUCUCAGAUUGAUCAAUCACAGUGAGGUGAGUUUUAAAACCAUAUACUGUUUUGAUAAUAAGUGUUUGAUGUGAUUUUCGAUUGCAUUUGCAUUAAUGUCAGAGUGGUUAGUGGGACAAUAGAGCUCUGAGUACCAGGCCAUUAGCGACCUGAUGAUCGUUAGCGAGUUGGGUAGGCUACUACUAACACAUGUCCAGAGUGCAUAAGAGGAGAUCCAGGCUUUGUCGUAACCGGCCGCGACCGGGAGACCCAUGGGGCGGCGCACAAUUGGCCCUGCGUCGUCCAGGGUAGGAGAGGGAAUGGCCGGCAGGGGAUGUAGCUCAGUUGGUAGAGGCGCACAAUUGGCCCAGCGUCGUCCAGGGUAGUGGAGGGAAUGGCCGGCAGGGGAUGUAGCUCAGUUGGUAGAGCAUGGCGUUUGCAACUCCAGGGUUGUGGGUUCGAUAAAAAAUAAUGUAUGUGCUAACUGUAAGUCGCUCUGGAUAAGAGCGUCUGCUAAAUGACUAAAAUGUAAAUGUAAAAAUGAGAUUACGGUGACUCAACUGUCAUGUAGAAUUUUACUGCAGUCAUGACUCAUGACUGCAGGUGUGGCGGUAAUACGGUCACCGCAACAGCCCUCUAUCCAUCAACCCUGGUCCUUGCUAGUAUGGAAGAAAAGAUGCCUAGGGCCAGUGUUGGUGACCAUCACCACUGCUUUACUGUAGCUAAGAGGGUCAGCCUUCUUCCCUUUCUCUAUGUUGGAUAGGUGUAAGCAGUAGUAGUAAAUGUUAAGUUCAUGCAUCAGUUUUAUGUCCAGAAAGAGAAUGAAUUGGGAAAGUAUCCAAACACGGGUUUUACUGUUGAUCCUAGUCUCCCCUAGCAACACACUGCAAAGUCUAAUUUUUACUUGGCUAUUUGGAAUGGAUUGUGAGAGCCAGAAAUCAAGGUCCCAUAUUACUUAACAUACUAUUGAAGUUGAAUAUAAAUCCUGUCUUUCAGAGAACCGUCUGAAGAGAAUAAAGGGCCAGUCUGCUGAGGUGACGUCCAGGGAGAUGCUGCGCUCCCUAUCUCAGGCCAAAAACGGAAUCCUGGGAUAGAUUUCCUGCACGACGCUCUGAACUCUUUCAGGGGGGAAGAGCUAGAUCAGAAGUGAGCAGAAGAGCAUCGUUUGUUGUACAGGCAGAAGUAGGGCUAUUAACUCACUAUCUCUGGGCAGCUUUGAAGGCUGAGCGUGUAAAGUUUCUUACAGGUCCACUGAUUGUUCUGUUGUCAACCUUGCCUCUUUGUGUAAUGAUAGGAUGUGGGAUCAUUUCCCUUUCUCCCCAGUACCCUGGAGCAUCUAAAGCGUUGGCUGGUACCUGAGAAAGUGGCCAUCAGCGCUGAGGAGCUGGAGUUUCUCCUGCUGUCACUGAGCCGAGAGUAG